CUCGCUGGUGUCUCGGCGGAUAGAAAGAAGAAGCCCGAGCAGGUUCGCUGCUCAGCUGAAGCGAUGGAGCCUCAGCAGCACUGCUAUUAAACAUGGAUCUUUCAGCGCCGUCUCCUACAACGCCUUGACCCAACCGGGAAACACUUGGAAGCUUCUUUCCCGACACAAUUCAGCGCAGUGACACUGAUCUGAGCGAGCAUCCUCUUCUUUUAUUCACACAGAGUCCACAUCAGUCUAGCGGCAGGACAUCAGGCAUGCUCUGGUUCAUCGAGGACUUCCAACCAACAGACUACCAGAGAGGUUAUGCAUCCACAUGGAAGCGAGUGAUGCGAAGAAGACAGUUUGAGUUGGAGUAAAAUGAUGAAGGCAAAAAGCACAAACCAAGCAGAGACGAUGCCACAAGUUCAGCGUCUGCAAAUCUAAAUGAAUCCAUCCAUGACGAGGCGACGGCUGAACUUACUCCCUCUGCUUUGGAAUUGAAACCACAGCGACGUCACCUCCUCUUUUCUUCAGAGAUGACUCGCAGGGAAGCGCCGAUGGCCUGCAGGUGGGGCAUGGCAACGAGCACCCUGCUUUGGUCUGCGGCCAUUGUGUAUUUGAGCCAUGUGGGCCACGUCAGCGCAGACUGCUGGCUAAUUGAGGGCGAAAAGGGCUUCGUGUGGCUCGCCAUCUGUAGCCAAAACCAACCGCCUUAUGAGGCCAUCCCACAGCACAUCAACAGCACCAUUGUGGACCUUCGCCUGAAUGAGAACAAGAUAAAAAGUAUUCACUAUUCAGCCCUCAGCCGCUUUGCCAACUUGACCUACCUGAAUCUGACUAAGAAUGAGAUAUCCUACAUUGAGGAUGGGGCCUUUUCCGCUCAGUUUAACUUACAAGUUCUUCAAAUGGGCUUCAACAAGUUACGGAACCUGACAGAGGGGAUCCUCAGAGGACUCGGAAAGCUGCAGUACCUCUACCUCCAGGCCAACCUGAUAGAGACUGUGACACCCAAUGCCUUUUGGGAGUGCCCCAACAUCGAGAACAUCGACCUGUCCAUGAACCGCAUUCAGCAGCUGGAUGGCUCCACGUUCACCAGCUUGACUAAGCUGAGCACCUGCGAGCUUUACACAAAUCCCUUCAAUUGCUCUUGUGAAUUACUGGGCUUUGUCAAGUGGCUCUCUGUGUUCCCCAACAGGACCAACGAGCGGAUGGUCUGCGACUCCCCAAGUGGUGUUUCUGGUUAUAGUCUGCUCAGCCAGAACCCGAACAACCCCACGUAUCGAAAUGCUCUCUACAUGCUCACCACUGUGUGCACCGACGACUACGUCACACCAUUUUUCCCCCUACCCCUCGAGCCAACAACACCUCCACCAGACUUUACCCUUUGUGGGCUGGAGGACUGUCCAUCUGGGACAGAACCAGAAGACAUAAUUCCAAACAACAUUAGUACAACCAACAACGAAGUGGAAGCUAAUCCUCUAAUGAAACUGAAGCAGGUGUCCAACACAGGUGCCACCAUUACAGUCCAGAUUCCCUUUCCAUUCAAAAAGAUGUACAUCCUCGUUCUGUACAACAACAGCUUUUUCAUGGACAUCCAACCCUUGAAUGAAAUAAAGCAGGACAUUGACCUUAAGAACCUCAAACCCCACACAAACUACACGUACUGUGUUGCUUCCAUUCGUAACUCACUGAGACACAACCACACUUGUCUGACAAUCACCACUGGGCCCUGGAAGGGCAAGUCGAGGGACUCAAACAAUACAACUGCCACUCAUUACAUCAUGACCAUCCUGGGCUGCCUCUUCAGCAUGGUUAUCUUUCUAGGGGUGGUUUACUACUGCUUGCGACGGAAGCGCCAACAAGAUGAAAAGCACAAAAAAGCAGGGAGCUUGAAGAAAAACAUAAUGGAGCUGAAGUAUGGGCAAGAACUGGAGGGGGGGACUAUUUCUCGCAUGUCCCAGAAGCAGCUGCUGUCCGGGGAGAGCAUGGCAGCGCGUAUGCCCUACCUACCCUCUGCAAGUGAAAUGGAGCAGUACAAAUUUCAAGAAAUAAGCGAAACUCCCAAAAUGAUGAAGGGAAGUUACAUGGAGGUGAGAAGCCUGGACCACCAUGAACGCAGGGAGUGUGACAUGGGGAUGGCUGGGAACAGCCAGGGCUCCGUGGCAGAGAUUUCCACCAUUGCAAAGGAGGUGGACAAAGUCAACCAGAUCAUCAACAACUGUAUUGAUGCUCUCAAGUCGGACUCCACUUCUUAUCAAGGGGUAAGAUCUGGAGCAGUGUCCAACGCAGAGCCCCAGUUGGUGCUCAUAUCGGAGCAGCCGCAGAACAAAUCUGGCCUUCUGUCCCCUCCGUAUCAGGACAGCUACCACCAUUCCCUGCAGAGACAUCGCUCCUCGGAUGCCUCGCCAAAAAGGCCCAGCACUGCCUCAGGAAUGCGAAGCCCCAGGCCUUACCGCACCGAAUCCAGGUACAUAGAGAAAACCUCCCCGACGGGGGAGACCAUCCUAACGGUAACGCCCGCCGCCGCCAUUCUGAGGGCGGAAGCGGAGAAGAUCCGUCAAUAUGGCGACCACCGCCACUCUUAUCCCGACGCUCAAAUCGAAGAGCUGGAAGGACCCGACGGCAUCAAGUCGCCCAUGCUGGAGCCUCUCUCACACUCUCGCUCUAGAGACUUGGCGUACUCCCAGCUGCCAUCGCAGUACCACAACCUGAGCUACUCAUCCAGUCCCGAAUACUACUGCAAACCUUCGCACAGCAUCUGGGAGCGCUUCAAGCUGCACCGUAAACGGCACAAAGACGACGAAUACAUGGCGGCGGGCCACGCGCUCCGCAAGAAGGUACAGUUUGCAAAGGAUGAGGACCUGCAUGAUAUUUUAGACUACUGGAAAGGCGUCUCGGCCCAGAAUAAAUCAUAACCUCCAUAGGUCUUUUUAAACGUGGACUUUAAAGAUAUUACACAAGAACCUCAUCAGACUAUCCAUCAAUGGAUUCUUCCACACCCUAAAUCACACAUGUUGUCUUUUGUCUGUGAGGGGGAAAUCUUUCAAAUUUGUCAUAUUAUGUAAAGAAUCUAUUAAAGAGAAAACAUACUGCUAAUUAUUAAGAAUAAUAAUAUAUAUGUUACAAUGAAUUAUAGGUUUUUGGAUAUCGCAUGGCCAAGUCCUGUGAAAGUGGAUUUGCUGUUGUGUAAUAUGAAAACUAUUCUAUGAAACUUGUUUACUGAAACCUCAAUUUUUCUUAAUCUGGACUCUCUUUUUUUUUUUUUAAGAAAAAUCCCUGCAUAUGUUUAGUUUAUCCACUAUGUACAGAUAUGGUUGUCUUUAUUUACUUUGCUGUGUAUGAAUCAGACACAUAUUAAGAAUAUCUUUUCCCACUUGAAGUCAGUUUUUGUUGUUUUCUGGACUUUUACACGUGUUUAUACUUUACAAAAAGAUGUUUUGUUUUGUUGUUUUUUUUUAUUAAAUCACACGUAUGAAGGUUUCAUUCAUCAGAAUCACAAAAGAAAUUCUAAUUUUAUGACCAAAGUAGAAAAACUGUUUACAAUAUUCCUGCACGGUCUGGGAAUGAUAUGAGCAUUUUUUUCAAAAGUAUUUGUAUCCGCUCCUUUGAAAGUGAAAAGAUUAUCUGGGAAUUGGGCUAUGGGAAUCAUAUCUCAUAGAGGAAGUGGAAGGACAAUGACAGCACUUCCCUGCUAGCGAGCCCGAUGGAUGAAUGUAACAUACAAAAAUGUGUCGAUGGCAGCUUUUAUGUAUAUUUUACAGGAGUAUUUAUAGAGAUAAACUAAUGUUUUUUUUUUCUUUGCUUCCAGUGUACUAUACUGCAUAAUGUCUGACGUCGGGGUGGGAAAAAGUAGUUUGUUACUCCGAUGGGCCUUGUGUUGCUUGCUGAAAGAUUUCAUCUUUUUGAAUAAAACUGUGAGGCUGUUA